AUGGAAGCCAAUACCACAGUCGCCUCGCGCCUUGUCCCAAUAGCUCCUGCGCCAGCUAGGGCACCCUCCGUCAAUAUGGCAGACUUGACUACAAUGGGCUUCAACUGCCAAGCUUGUGUACGCAAAAAAAUCAAAUGCAAUAGAGCUGUGCCAACAUGCUCAAGCUGCAGCAAAGCAAAGCUCCACUGCGUCUACCAGGCUCAUCUGCCGCGGAAGAGGAAGCGAAGCCAUUCCGAAGACGUGUAUGAACGUCUAGCACGGUACGAGCGCAUCUUGAAGGAGAACAAUCUUCUGCCUACUGCUUCUGCAUUGACCCCAUGCGGCAAGGAGAUGGAGGCGUCGGUGGUCAGUACACGGAACGCAACCCCAGUGCAACUUACUAAGUCUGGUAAACUCCUUUCCGCAGAGGGCAAGUCUCGCUAUAUUGACAAUGUUCUCCUCCUUGAUGCCGGAGAAGGCGAUCUGUGUGAAUUAUCCGAUUCCGACCAAGACGACUACAAUGAUGACACUGGAACUGAUGAGGGCACCCGGACUGGACUUCUGGGUGUCCUGGCAGCACACACAGUCUCUGGGGCAAUACUUGGAAGCACUCGGAGCCUCACUGAUCAGCAUCCCAGCUAUGAGGUGGCUACGAAGCUCUGGAGCGCCUACGUGCAAAAUGUUGACCCCCUUUGCAAGGUCCUUCAUGUUCCGACUGUUGCAAAAAUGGUCGACACAAUCGCAAAACAGCCUGCUGCGGCCUCGAAGACUGACGAAUGCCUGCUUUUUGUCAUCUACUAUUUCGCCGUUUUCUCCAUGUCAGAUGCCGACUGUCUGCAAGAGUCCAACCAAACGAGGAACCAUUUGAUGUCGAAAUAUCGGUCCGCUGUUUGUCAGGCACUUGUCAAUGCGUCGUGGCUGAAGACUACAGCGAUGCCGGUACUACAAGCUUACACACUCUUUCUCGUUGCCAUGCGCACGCAGAUCGAUUCUCACACGUUUUGGAUUUUGACAGGCAUUGCGGUUCGCCUGGCACAACGCAUGGGCCUGCAUCAUGAUGGUGAGGACCUGGGGUUGCCACCAUUUGAGGUCCAGAUGCGACAGCGGCUCUUUUGGCAACUGCUUCCACUGGACGGCUAUGCGGGCCAAGUUUGCGGCACUGGGAUCUCGAUAUCGCCGAAUAGCUGGGAUACGAAGCAACCGCUGAACAUUAACGAUGAGCAUAUCUUCCCUGGUAUGACGCAGCAGCCUCAAGAGCAACGAGGCGCCUCGGAAAUGAUUUUCUGCUUAUCGCGGAUUGAGCUGUCCAAUUUCUAUACCCGAACGGGUAUUAAAAUGAAGGAAAUCGGUGGUACGAUUCAAUUCAGGGAAGCAGAGGACAUCGAGAGGCUCAUUGAUGAGGUCGAAGAUCUCAUCGAGACAAAGUUUCUGCGCUACUGCGAUAUCCUGAACCCCUUACACUUUUUCACCACUGGAAUUGUACGCUCUGCCACUAAUGCCGUCCGACUACGGGCUCGAAUGCCACUGUUGCUGAAGCAAACCAUUACAGACGCGCAAAGGAGAGAUCUCUGCACUCUCGCAGAGAAGAUUCUCGAUACAAACAGCGCCAUCUACGGCAAUCCCAGCAUGGAGAAGUUCCGGUGGCAGAUGCAAGCCUUCUUUCUGUGGGAUGCCCUUCUCUGUAUUCUGCUUAGCAUCGCAGAAGUCGGAUUCUACUCAAUGUCGCAGCUAGACACUACGUGGAACAAGGUUGCAGAAGUCUAUUCGAAUCACGAAGAACUUGUCAAGCGCAAGAGGACCCUGCACGUCACCAUUGGCAAGCUAACUCUCAAGGCCUGGCUUGCGAAUCCGCCCAGUAAGUCGUCCCCGGAGCCGGCCUUCAUAACCGCGCUGCGCGAACAACACGAACCGAAAGUCAAGAGGCCGCAAGAGAGAGUUGAUGAAAUGGAGGAAACCGACAAGGUUGCGGACGGUAUAUUUGGUCUUGAUGAGCUCUUUGGCGACAUUGAUGGAACAGGCUUGAAUCAUAGUGGUGGCUUCACCCUCGACUCUCCAGAUUGGGUGGUUUGGGAUCAGCUGUGUCAAGGGACCAAUCUGGGCUGA